AAUGUUUCUGCAAUCUCUCUGUGCUGUAUGGGUAAUAUUAUACAAAUUAUUUAUUCAUCUUUGAAUUACAAAUAAACGAACGUUUUGACUCGUUUUGGAGUCAUCUUUAACGUAUCACUAUAAUAGUUCUAGCCGUCAUCAGUCAGCAAAAAGAGAUACAAUAGAGUCACCAACGGUUUGCUAAAUUCAUAGUUGCAUUUUUACCCGUGGUAGUGUUGCAGGAAAUGAUACUAUUCAAUUAUCGCAUAUUUUGUUAUAGAUUGCGAAUAAUUAUAUUAAUUCAUUGUUGCGUGACUCACCCAUUUCAACUGAUGAAGAUUAAUAAAGCCUUGGAUAAAUUUUUUUCCAUAAGAAAUAAAUUUCUCUUGUCAAAGUAUACACUCGCAGCUACACGUGCUCACUGUCUCAAGUAAGAAUGUAUACUAACUGUGUAAAUCGAGUCGUUUCAUUAAUUGUAAAAAUAAUCUAUUCUGUACAUACCGAUAUGUACAGAAUAGAUUAUUUUAUUAUGACCAGGGCCUUUUUAUGAUGUGCUAAACUCCUGUUUAGAAAAGAAACGGAACGUUCUUCCAAUUAUCCGCCUCUCACUUUAUCUGUCUUUCUACCCCCACCACAAUCGUCAACAGUCCAUUCCGUAUGUCAAUGUUUUAAUGACAUGGUCGCAGGCAUGAAUGUGACUUGUAUUUCCAGUGAAAAAUGGAUGAAGUCGUUAUAGUGUACGGAAAAUUUUGAGCAUUACAGAAAAAAGACUUGGCCGCUCUCAGGUUUCCUUUCUAUAAAUCUUAAAGUAUAUAGAUUGAAGAGGGAAUUGCAUUGUUUCCCGUAGGUCAAAACUGUGUUCUGAGAAAGAUAUACAAGCAAAUUCGUCCUUUCUGAGCAUGCGUCGAUAUCAUUACUUGCACCGCAAUUUCGAUACUUUCUACACUUUACUUUCUACACUUUAAUGUUCGAAUGCUGUGCGAAGAUAGCGGAGUAUUAAAAUAUCAACUGAUGAUAAGAAUAAUAUUUAAGUACAGAGAAAAAUGUAUAUUACCACUUGUGCAGCAACUGUAAGAAAUCGAUUUCCUAUCAUGCGUGUCGAAAGUAUGAUGCAGCAAUGACGUAUAUGCAGAGAGAGCGAAUAUCGUUUGAAUAGCUUUCUCUCUCGCAUAGACUGGAUACACUUUUGGUGCCAUCAUUUCCCCUCCACGUCGAGCAUACUCAAAGCUGUAAAUGCUCAUGACACGUGCUCUUCGCGGUGGCUCCACCUUGUCCGUGCAAAACUAAUCGUGGGAAAGUUUUUUAUCCAUUCCGGUAGGAAGAUUCGAAAACAAGAUAAAUGUAGGAAAAUUCAGCGAAUAUUCGAACGUUAGUUUGAUUUCGAGGAGUGCGUAACACACAGUGAGUUUGCUGGGUGAUAAAUUAUUUAAGAAAACGAUAUGUAGCGACUAUUCGGAUACUAACGAUGAGGUGAAAUACUCCCUGGAAGUAGAAAAGAUAGAAGAGUAUACCAUGACUUGUUUAGGAGCAUUAAUAUUUGCAGAUAAAUACUCUCGACAAUCAUCCACUCCGAAUGAUUCAUCUAAAAAGCAAAUUGAUUCCUUGUCACUUGCAUAUGAAGAUCUUUAUACUAUGCCAUAUAACAUCAUACAAGAUUAUAGUCUUACCGUACAACAUUUAGAUAUUAGUAAUAAUAUGUUCAGUAGAAACCUGCAGUUCUUAUCGGAGUUUGAUAAUUUGAGGUCUGUCAAUUUAGAUCACAAUAAAAUAGAUGAUAUCACCGUGUUCCCAAACAUGCCAAAUCUUGAGCUUCUGUGGUUAAAUCAUAACCGUAUAAAAAAUUUGUAUCCUUUCAUCAAGAAUCUCUAUAGAAGUGUACCAAACCUUAAAUAUUUGUGCCUCAUGAGAAACGAAGCGGCACCUAGUUACCUUAAUGGUGGAAAUUUCUGUGAUUAUCUUCGAUAUAGAUUGUAUGUGCUAUCUUGGUUUCCACACUUGGUGCAUCUGGACGACAGAACUGUGACCAAGCAACAACUAUUACAAGCAAAGAAACUAUUUAGACGAUCAGUGCUCGAAGACUUCGUUGCAGUGCCAGAAUGCAUUAAAGAUAUGCAUAAUAAGAUAGCCGUGUAUCCUAACCCACCAGUAUCAGACAAACAAAGAGUACUGGGUGGAACAAAUUUGGUGGUCUGAAUAGUAUUAAAAAGUGCAGUUAAAAAAAAUCCAGAUAAUGUUUUUCAGUAAAAAAAUAAAAAUAUAACCUAUUAGUUUUUAAAAUUAUAAUAUUCUGUAUCCCAAUAGAAAUGUACCAAUUAUAAAAACAAUAUACAAUGUCAAUUUGUAUCUAUAUACAAUAUAGAUUUUGUGUAUAA